GUACUUCGUACCUACUUGCUACCAGCUUGCCCUCGCCUACCACGUCCGUCGUCAUCAGCGCGCAGGAUAGAACUCUCUUUGCUACAAUGAAACGCCAUGGUUCCCACCUUACAAGCCCCGCGUCCGGGGCGCUUGCUGUGCUCUGAGCUUGCUGUUGGCUGGACCGCCCGCGGGCGGAGAAAGUCUUCGAUUCGAGCGAUGCGCACCCCGGAAUAGGCAAACCUGAAGGGGGGGGGGGGGACCUCCCGAGAUGUCGAUGCGCCCCUCCCCGGCACCCCGUAGACGACGUAAUUGCCUUCCCUGCCCGGCAGGUAGUUUUUGUUGUUCAUCGAUCGCGGACGGCCAGUCGCCUUGCUGUGGCCUUUCUUCCAUCUUCUUGAUCCUCGGGACUGGCCUUGAACCUCGUCACUUCCUGACCCUAGGCCCUAAAUACCAUCUCGACGCCAUUCGAGUUACAGAUCCAUCCAGUGGACGCUCCUGCUUCCCACUAAUAUCGAAGCCCCCCCCCUUCUUCGUCUCCGUUUGAAACCUCAUUCAUCGUCACCUACCCCUCCGCGUCUCUCCCCGCGGCCGAAGAGCAAAGCAAGGGAGCAAGCGGAAAGGAAAGAGACAGAGAGAGUGUGUGUGUGAAAAACAGGAAAGAAAAGCGAGGUGAAAGAAACAACCAUCAUGGGCGCCGGGUCAGGCUUCGCCCUCAAGGGCAUCCAGUGGUUCAUCCGCGGCGUGCAGUUCUGCUGCGCCGCCCUCAUCCUCGGCGUCUUCUCCUACUUCCUCGCCACCCUGCACAACCACGACCUGCCCAUCGCCACCUCGGUCAAGGCCGUCGAGGGCAUCUCGGGCGCCGCCGUCCUCUACACCAUCGCCGCCCUGCUGCUGCUGUGCUGCCUCGCCGGCUUCCUCCUCACCUCGCUCGUCGCCAUGGUCCUCGACGUCUGCUUCAUCGGCGCCUUCAUCUACGUCGCCGUCGCCAACCGCAGCGGCGCCACCUCGUGCAGCGGCUACCUCGACACCCCCUUUGGCCGCGGCGACGCCGGCGCCGUCGCCGAGGGCCGCACGGGGGGCUUCACCGCCCUGCCUAGCUUCCGCACCGCCUGUCGCCUGCAGACGGCCUGUCUGGCCGUCUCCAUCAUCGCCAUCUUCUUCUUCAUCUUCUCCCUCCUCAUGGAAAUCGCCCUCGUCCGCCACCACCGCAAGGAGAAGCGCUUCGGCCCCGGCCCGACCAACAACUACACCUCGGGCUACGGCACCAAGCGAUCCAACAGCGCGGCGGGCACGGGAGGAGGCUUCCUGGGCCGCUUCCGCCGCAACAAGCACGCGCAGGCCAACAACAACACCGCCGACGCCCUGCCCGAGCACACGCACCCGAGCCAGCUCGGCGGCGACUCCGCGGCCGCACGCCAGAGCUACGGCACCGAAAACACGGCCUACUACGGCCACGACGGCCGCGGCCCGAGCGCCGACUACGCCAAGCAGGAGGCUGGCUAUGGCUACCCGAGCGUCGGCAACGGCAACGUCCCGCAGACGACGGGCUACGCGCCUGCCCCUGCGGCUGCGGUGCCGCCGGCGGCGGCGACACCUGGUGGUGGUUUCCAGCAGCAGCCCACGACGGGCGGCGCCGGCGUUGCAGGUAGUGGUGGUGGUGGUGCCUGGCAUGUGCAACCGCAGAUCAACGAGCUGCCUGCCAACUACCGCUACGGCGACGGCGUGUACGAACGGUCGUAGGGGUCGGGCGGUACUAUCUGAAUCCCCCCCCCUCCUGAGAGGUUUGUGAGUGUACAAGACGGAGAGGGGACAAAGGUUCCUGGUUCAAGGUGGACGCGACAGACGGUACCUACAGACCAGAACCCCCCCCCGUGAUAGAAACCCCUCGUCUCGCCGUGCGAGACGUGGCCGGGCGAUGACGCCGUCGUGUACCGUCGCCCGGUCGGGGCUACAUUUUGUUUGUAUUGGAGGAAACCCAAUCCGCGAUUUAAACUGUAAAGGCAAGUGCCUCAGAGGCGCCCCGUAAUGGUAAUGGUAUCGGCCCUGUAAAAAAUAUUCAAGACUUUGUAUAGCAAUAUCAAGUAUUGGUCUCCGACUUGCAUGGGAAAACACCUUAGUCGAAAAAUGCCGUGAGUGCACUAUUUGGAGAGG